AUGGAAGCUGAUCCAGAAGAACUAUUAGUUUGGCUGAAAGGAGAUGGAGGUGGCGAACGGGAUCUACAAAUAUCUGCGCUAGAGCAACUUUGUAUGUUGGUAUUAAUGUGCGAUAAUAUUGAUCGAUGUUUUGAACAGUAUCAACCUCGACUUUUCCUUCCUGCUCUCUGUGAUAUAUUCAGUGAUCCAUUAGCCCCAACACGUGUACUUGAAGUGACAGCACGUGCAUUAACAUACUUCCUUGAUGUAUCUGUUGAUUGUGCAAAAAAGAUCACGCAACAUGCAUCUCUUAUACGUUCAAUGUGUGCUUGUCUACAGGUUGUCGAUAUUGAAGAUCGUACAAAUAAAGAUUUAGCUGAGCAAAUAAUAAAAGUUUUUGAACGUUUAUGCUCAAGAGAAGCAUCAAAUAUAUAUGAACAAGAUGGUCUUCGUUGUGUACUUGAUUUUAUUAACAAUUGGUAUUCAGUUAUACAUAAGGAUUCUUUGCAAUCUGCAUUGAAUGUUGUCGUAAAAUUAAUCGGUAAAAUUGACCCACAAAAUUCUCCUACAUUGGAUCAAACAAUUGAAUCAUUAUCAAAUUUACUUUUACAUGUCGAUACGUUUGUAUCGGAUAAUGCGUUAAGAUGUUUUGCAACAUUAGCUGACAGAUUCGCAAGAAAAAAUGUUGAUCCAGAACCACUGAUGCGUUAUUGUUUGAAAGAUGUUCUUCUUCGAUCAUUACACUAUGUGUCAAAGUCAACGGGUAAUACGUUAACUCCCGUUUCAUCAUUAUCAUCAUCAUCAUCAUCAACAAUAAAUACUGAGACAACGGGAUCACAUAAUGCACCCUUAUCAGGAUCGAAUACACGCGGUGUUACGACAAACCUAUCGGUUGUAACAGGUUUAUUAUCAACACUUUGCCGCGGUAGUGCUAAAGUAACACGUGAUCUACUUCGAAGUGAUCUUCCUGAUGCAUUAGAAUCAGCAUUGUGUGGUGGCGAUGAAAGAUGUGUACUUGAUACAAUGAGAUUUCUUGAUCUACUUAUUGUAUUAAUUUUCGAGGGACGUCAAGUUCUUCCACGUCCAGUAGGCACAGCACGGGCAUCGAUUACAGCAAUUGCAACAACAAAUGUUUCUGUUCCAAUAACGAGUGCAACUAUUGAUACAAACCGACGUGCAUCAUCAUCGUCAUUGCUGUCAGCAAUCGCAGCAGGAGGGGGAGCAGCAGCAGCAGCAGUAUCAUCAACAAUCAGUGGCAUUAUUCCAUCAGAUCGUUCUCAACAACAAAUUAUUGAAUUUAUUCGUUCACGUGAUGUUCAAGGUUUUAUAAAUCAUAUUGAACAAGGUAGUAUUGAUGUUAAUUAUACUGAUAAUGUUGGUCAAACAAUGUUAAAUUGGGUUGCUGCGUUUGGUACACGUGAAAUGAUUGAAUAUUUAUGUCGACGUGGUGCCGAUGUUAAUCGUGGCCAACGUUCAUCUUCAUUACAUUAUGCAGCUUGUUUUGGGCGACCUUCAAUCGUACGUCUACUAUUAAAGUAUGGCGGUAAUGUUGAUUUACGUGAUGAAGAUGGCCGAACAGCUUUAGAUAAAGCACGUGAACGCCAAGAUGAAGGCCAUCAGGAAGUUGUUGAAAUUCUUCAAUCAGCUCACGAAUGGACGGAUAUACGACGGCAAGAACCGACACCAACAGCAAAUACUAAUUCAUCGAUAAAAUCUAUUGAGCAAACAAUAACAACGAAUGAAAUCAAAGGUGAUAUUGAAAUGCAACCGAUUUAUUUACAACGUUUAUUAUCAAUAUUUUGUCAAUUAUAUCAAAAUACAAUGAUAUUAACAAUUAAACGUAAUACAUUACGUUUAGUAUCAAAAUUAUUACAUUAUGCAACCGUUGAACAAAUACGUGUGUAUUUAAUGCAAGGUGAAACGAAUAUAUUAACAACAUUAUUUGAAUUGUUAAGUUCAAUAUUGGACACAAAUGAAGAUGAUGAUGAUACAUCGAAUCUUGUUUUAUUGAUUAUUAAAAAUUUAUUUGAAAAAGAUCGACAUCUAUUUCUAGAACAAUUUCAAUAUUUAGGUUUAAUAUGGAAAAUAACAUCAUUGGCAUUAUCACAUCCGGUAACGCCAUCAUCAACAAUAACAAAUAUAGCUGCUGAUCAACAGCCACACUCGUCAUUAUCGAUUGAUAUUCUUGCCGUUGAUGCUAAAGAAAUUCUUUGUCAUCGACCUUAUAUUUGGAAUGAAUUUAACAUAUUACGAAAUCGAGAAUGUUUAUAUCUAUGGAAUAUUUCAAUUGCUAUUGAAUUAUCAAUGGGCUCCAAUGGAUGGUUUAGGUUUUUUGCUGAUAAUUCUUUAUCAACAAUGUAUUCUUCAGGAAGCCCAGAAACAAAUGUAGAUACAAGUGAAAAUCGUCAUGAUUUUAUUGAUAAACUUCAGCGGUUAAAACAACAAGUACUCGAUGAUAUAGAACAUGAUAAAAAUGAUGAAAAUAUUAAACCAAUCGAUGCAGAACAACAACUGUUGAUAGCACGAACGCUUUUUACAUCAGACACAAGUAAUGAACGUACAAUAACGGUGGGUCAUUGGACAUUUGAAUGUAAUGGAUCAACACAACUUCGUAUUCACAAUGUUGAAGGAGAACAGGUAACAAUUAUUGAACAAGGUCAACCAGGUUUUAUAUUCGAGUCAAAUCGUGGUACUCGCCAUACAUACCACGCACAGUCAACAUUAGGCAAUGAAUUUUCAAUACCAUGGUCAACAAUUGAAUCUUUGAAUUCUUCGGCGUCAACAAAUGCGAACGAUUCUUCAUCAAAUAGCUCAGUAGCAAAAACUUUGUCGAUUCCAAUAGGCAAAACAAAACAAGAACAAAUGAAACAUCGUACAACAGAAUUAGCAUUACUUAUCUACAAUGAUUAUUUAAAAAAUGUAACACCAACCAAUUAUACGCGUUCAGUAUUAAAUGAACUCAAAGCAAUAGUCAACGAUUUAAAUAAUGAUCUUAGUUUGAAUUCAUUUGAGAAAUUAAAAAAAUUUUUAAUUGAAAAAACAAGUUUAUCAUUAUAUGAAUUAUCAUCAUCUGGUCUCGUUAGUAGUUUAUUGAAAAUAUUUCAUGGUUUACUUGAUCAAUCCUCCGAUGAAAUUAAUCUAGCCAAUGAACGAUCGAAAUUGUUUUCCUUGAUAUUUCUAUCCGAUGAACAACCACAGGCGUUUUAUAUCCUCAUACGCAAACUUGUAUCAAUAUUAGAAUCUAUUGAAAAAUUACCAUUAUUUUUAUAUGAUACACCAUCGAGUUACGGCUUACAGAUAUUUUCCAAACGGUUUCGUUUUCAACUUCAUUAUCAAAAUCGACAACAGCUAUUUACUGAUAGAACUGGAAAAUCAUUAAAAAUUGAGCCAUUAGCUACAGUCGGACAAUUGAAAGCAUUUCUUGCAUCAAUGGUUUCAAAGCAAUGGUAUGAUCAUCCUCAUACACAUUUAGAAUUUAUUAAACGUUUAAAAACUGAUGGUCGACAGCAAUUUACAUAUGCCAGUGAUUUUGAUCACAAUGGAAUUUUAUACUGGAUUGGUACUAAUGCUAGAACAAUAUCGAAUUAUACGAAUCCGAAUUCAACCGGACUUAUUUCAGUCACGUGUUCAGAUAAUAAUUGUACACCUCAACAAUUAUCAGAAAUGAUUUCACAUCCGGUGCAUGCAGAUGAUGAUGAGAACACUAAUGAUACAUAUCAUGGUUGCACUUGGGUUAUGUUCGAUUUAGGACUAUGGGUUUUACCAACACAUUUUACAUUACGACAUAGUACUGGUGGUUUUCCACAUUGGACACGAAGUUUUCUAUUUCAAAUAUCAAAAGAUGGUGCACAUUUUAUAACAUGUGACAUAUCGUUGGUCAAUGAUACCAAUUCAUCAGUGGCAACAUGGAAUAUCAAAAAUAAUUUAAAUGAUAAUUCAACAGGCUUCAGAUAUAUACGUAUUCAUCAAAAAUCUGGUCGACAUCCUGUUUCUAUGGCUGGUUUCGAACUUUAUGGACAAGUUAUUUCAGCUAUUGAUAUUCGUUCAAAAUCAGAAUUAACUCGUUCUCGUUUAAAUCGUGAUGAUAACCGAAAUCGCUCAACAAGCUCUCGUCAAGUUCCAUCUUAUCAUCAUUCAAUAUCAUCGGCUAGUAAUCGUGCAAAUAAAAUGCAAUCACAUAUCUUAAGACGUUUAGCAAGUAUGCGCACAAGUGGUACAGCAGCCACAUCAUCAACAGGAAAUUCAAAUGGAUCAAAUACUAAUGCAAGCAAUACUAGAUCUUCAGCAUCAACCAUCGAUCGAAUUCUAUUUGACCAAAUGAUAGAUCUUUCAUCAAUACCAAUUGAUUUAUCAACAGCUCUUGAAUCCGAUGAUCCAGAACGAUUACGAAUGGUUAUUCAAGAAACUCUCUCGCGAUUAACUGGUGAUACAAUAUUAAAUGAUAAUACGAAUUUACUUAAUAUAAUCUCACAACGUAAAAGUGUUUCAACACCGAAUAUAAGUAAUGGUGAACCAAUAUUUUCAGUUUCAUCAACUGAACAAGCGUCGAGUGUCGAAAGUCUAAUAUCAUCAUCUCGUACGACAGAACAUACAAUAGAUCUGAUGCAAGGUUUUCGUGACCAAAUAGCACGACAAUAUGAUGCAUUAGUUGCUCAAACACAACUAGAGCCAACUAUUGAAGAACCUACAUCAUCACUUUGGUUAUCAUCAUCAGCAGAAGAUUUUUUAACACCCAUUCGUUCAAAUACAUCAAAUGCUGGUAAUUGGCUUGAACUUGGAGAAUAUAAUGAAGAAACGCUUUUGACAUCGAAAGAUGAACCAAAAGAUAAGCACAAUAAUACGCCGUCGAAUGCAUCGAAUGAAAAUAAUACUUGUGAUACACGACUUUUUACUUCAGCUCAAACAACGCCAAUCACAACUACGACACACUCAAGACAAUCAAUUAGUAGUACAACUGAAUCAAUUGAAUCAAUGUGUGCUGUAACUGAAGAAAAUAAUAAAAAGAAUGCUACCAGUGAAUGCUCUGAACAACGAAUUAUAUUAUUAGAGAAUGACAUGAACGCAAGUGUACCGAAUCUUUCUACAACCAAUCCAAAUAAUAUGACUUUAUCAAAUCUAUUGACGUCUGCACAAAGUUCACCAAACUUAACAAUCACAGCAGCAACAACGUUGAAUAUUGUUAAAGACGCUAUGGUUGAUGAUGAAUCAAUGCCAAUGGAAGAAUCACAAAGUUUAUCUGAAAUACCGUUAUCUGAUCAACAACAAAAACAAAAUGAUGAAACAAGCGAAGACGAAGAUAUGGAAGACGAUGAACAUUGUCAUUUAAAACGUGCUAAAUUAAAUAGUCAACAAAUUCAACCCCCGUUGGAUACUAAUGAAGAGGAUGAAGACGAUGAUGAAGACGAAGCAGAUGAAGAAGAAGCCGAACAAGAUGAACAUUGUGGUCUAUUUGAUGAACAGGAAGAAGAAGAAGAAUACGAUGAACAACUACAAGAACAACUUCAUGGUGAACAACAAUCCCUAACACGUCGAAAUUGGGACGAUGAUUUCGUUUUGAAACGACAAUUUUCUGUUUUACUUCCAGCAUUUGAUGGUCGACCCGGUAGAACAAAUAUAAAUGCAACACAAGAUAUCCCAGUACCAACAACAAUGACUCCAAAACAAUUAACUUCAUCGAAACAAAUAUCUACUACAGAUACACUAGCUGCUGCUAAUAUGACUUUAUAUAUUCGUGGACCAUCACCAGAAUUACCAGGAUUAAAAGAAAUCGAUAUUGAAAUGGAUGAUUCAGAUGCAACAAUUUUUAAAUAUAUUCAACAACUGAUUCAACCAUUCCCCUCAUCACAAAGAUCUGAACGUAUUAAAAGAAUUUUCGAGCCAACUUAUACAAUUGUCUAUACUGAAAAAUCAAAUGAACAAUCAAAAUCAGAUACAUCUCAAUCAUUUUUAUCUUGUCCUAUUGAUCUUGAUAUGAUUUCAAUCAUUAAUGAAAAUAUUCAAAAAUCAUCAUCUACAAAUCUCACUUCAAAUGAUCCAAAAGAUGUUUGUACUAUUGAAGAUAUUCUUGAAUUACUACGUCAAUUAUUUUAUUUAUCAAAUGCAUAUGUUCAAAAUAAUCCUCAUCGAUAUCAUGCAGAUGAAAAUCUUUCAUUGGAGAAUUACUUUUAUUCAAAAAAAUUAAAUAAUAAACUCCUACAACAAAUACAAGAUUCAAUUAUCAUAGCAUCGUCAAGUUUACCAAUCUGGACUGAAUGGUUAACACAUUCAUAUAAAUUCUUAUAUCCAUUUGAAACUCGACAAUUAUAUUUUCGUACAACAAGUUUUGGUACAUCACGUUCAAUUGUAUGGUUACAAGAACGACGAGAUGAAUUAAUUCGUGCUGCACGUACAGGCGGUCUAUUACGUCCAUUAGGCGGUUCAACAACAGCAGCAGCAACAACAACAACACUAUCAUCAUUUCGUGCUGCAUCGAAUUCAAAUGAAAAUUCAUCAUCAACAUCAAAUGUGUUCGUUCAUGAAUUUCGUUUAGGUCGUUUGAAAAUCGAUCGUGCAACACCCAUCGAUCGUGAACAUAUCCUACGUGAUGCUAUGAAUUUAUUUCAUUAUCAUGCGCAAUCAAAAGCUAAAUUAGAAAUUCAAUUUUUAAAUGAAGAAGGUACUGGCGAUGGACCAACAUUAGAAUUUUAUGCAUUAAUUGCUAGUGAUUUACAAAAGCAUUCGCUUGGUUUAUGGUGGCAUCAUGAUGAUCAUGAGCAAAAUCAAACAAUUUAUGUUAGAAAAUUAGAAGGUCUCUUUCCUGUACCAUAUUCUCAGAAUGAUGAAAGAUUAGAUACUGUGUGCAAUUAUUUUUCAUUGAUGGGAAUUUAUUUUGCUAAAUGUUUGUUAGAUAAAUAUUUAAUUGAUAUGCCAUUAUCAAUAGCAUUUCUUAAACUACUUUGUACGAAAUCAAAAUAUAGCAAUGAUUCAAAUAUAUGGUACGAUGGUAUAUUAGAUUUAACUGAUCUAAUUGAUAUUGAACCACUACGUGGAAAAUUCUUUCAACAACUCUAUGAAUUAAUUGAUAGACGUAAUAAAAUACUUGAUGAUGUUAGUAAAACAAAUGAUGAAAAGAAACGCUUAUGCUCACAAUUAAAAGUAGACAAUGAUCACCAUGAAUCAGUUGAUCUCGAACAUUUAUGUUUAACUUUUGUUUAUUCACCACCAUCGAAUAUCUAUGGUUAUCAAUCAAUAGAUUUAAUAUCAAAUGGAUCACACAUAGAUGUGACAAUUGAUAAUGUUGAUCUAUAUGUUAAAUUAUCUUUAGAAUUUAUUUUUCGUGAUGGUAUUCGACGUCAAAUGGAUGCUUUUCGAAAUGGAUUCAAUCAAGUAUUCUCAAUAGAACAUUUAAAAUGUUUUAAUUCACAUGAAUUAAAACUUCUUCUGUGUGGUAAUCAAUGGCCAUCGUGGACCUUAGAAGAGUUACUUAAUUAUAUUGAACCUAGUCAUGGUUUUACACGAGAAAGCCCUGGUUUUACCAAAUUUCUUAAUGUUAUGUUGGAACUUGAUGGUCUUGAAAGAAAGUCUGUUGUUCAAUUUAUUACUGGCUGUUCUUCAUUACCACCUGGAGGUCUUGCGAAUCUUCGACCUCGUUUAGCUGUAGCUCGUAAAGUUGAAGCCGAUGAUAAUUCAUAUCCAUCAGUAAAUACAUGUUAUCAUUAUCUUAAAUUGCCCGAUUAUUCAAGCCAAGAAAUUCUCAAAAUUCGUCUCAUGACAGCAUGUAAAGAACGGGGAUUUUAUUUCAAUUAA